AAUUCCUUGAGACUAUAGAAAAAGGGAUGGGACGGAAUACCAGUCAUGAAAGCUAGUCAAUGUGGCGGAAUUACUACUUGUCCAUUCCCCCGUCCCCUAUUUUAAUUCCUAGCUAGUACAUCACUCGCUUGCUUAUGUGAGGCGUGAGCUGCUUCCUCCCAUCUCCCUACUAAUUAUUCCCAUCACAGUCCCCUCUUCUUCCUGCCCCCAUAUCAUUCCAAUCCUAACAUGGUGCGUCACAUAGACUGCAUGUAGAGAGAUAGACGAGGUCAAGGACAAGCGGUGGAGGCCAGGAGGCCCGGGCAUGGGGGAGGUGAAGGAGAAGGAGGCGCUGGCGGAGAUACUUGAAGACCAUCGUAAGGGAUCUUCCGAUGACUCCGUACCACGCGCGGGGCUGGACCUCAACGAAGGCUUCAGCGAGGAAAGCGACCAAGGGGAAGACGGUGAGGAGAACGACGACGACGACGGUAGGAGCUCAAGCAACAACAACAGCGCCAACCAUGAAUCAGAAAGCAGCAGGGGUCGUCAUGACAAGGCCGAGGGCAGCGGCGACAGGGUUCCCACGGUGCGGCAGUACAACCGGUCUAAGCACCCCCGGCUCCGGUGGACGCCGGACCUCCACAUGGCGUUCCUCCAUGCCGUCGAGCGGCUGGGCGGCCAAGAGAGAGCAACACCAAAGCUGGUGCUUCAGAUGAUGAAUGUGAGGGGGCUCAGCAUUGCUCAUGUAAAAAGUCACUUGCAGAUGUACAGAAGCAAAAAGAUAGAACACGAGUCCAGCCACGAGAGAGCAGCCAUAUCCUCAGUCUUUUCGCCCAUGAAUUUCCACAUGAGGAGAGGGGACCAUCCGUUCCAUGACAUGUUCUUCCAGCGAGCUGCCGGCUCGACCCUCUCCUCCAGGUUCAACGACGGCGGGGUCUUCGCGCCGAGAAAUGCCGCCUUGCCGGAUGCUAGCCGGAUUUACGGGCUCCUCCAACGCCGGCAGCCUCCAUUACAAACCUUCGACUUCAAGAACAGCACGAGCCUUAGGAAUCAAGAAUGGGCAUUCUCCCAGCACGCGGCGGCGGCGAGGGCACGCGCAGUUAAUGACAAUGGUCCUGGGAAAGGGCUCAUCCACGAGAUGAUUUUCAGGAAGGACGGCAAGCCGACGGCCCAUUUGUUCGACGUGAGGGACGUCGUCGCCCCCAGCGGGAUGUCGUCGCCGUCAACAACAACCACGAGCCCGGCCGACCUUAGGUCAGAUGGCCCAAAGAUCGGAAGCAUCAAUUGGAUCGGCAGCAGCUCUCGGCCACUCUCGAAGACAAUGUCGGCUACUGGAUUGGAGCAGGGCGUUCAUGCUCAGCUCCCGUUUAGGUGGCGAGGUGCCGCGGGCAGCAAUGGCUGCCACCCCAACGGCAACACUGCUGGCAGGACAACGUCAUCUUCAGAUCCCGUGGUGACAUGUGCCGCAGGUUCCCCGCUCUUGCUGCCGAAGCAGGGAGUGCCGAGGGCUCCUGCCAAAGCUACUGAGGAGACGAGCAUCGGAGCAGAGGCGAGGAGGACGAAGACAUCGGCUGCGGUGGAGGAGAACGGAUGGACGCCGGAGUUGCAGCUAAGCCUGAGCCCCAACGCGGGGGCAGACACUGGAGGAAGGGGCAAGAAGAGGAACAGCGCUGGGCAGGAGGUGAGCAGCGACAAGGUGCCACUCUCUCUCUCGCUGGCAUUACAUGGUGGCGUCGUCGACGACGACGGUGGCGGCCGGGAUGGCAGGAGGUUAGAGGUAGCGACAGGUAGCAGCAGCAAGAAGGCCGCUCUGGGGCUGAGUACUUUGGAUCUGACCAUGUCGAUCAAGGCAUUGGAGUGAGAUCUUUCAAGUACUUGUCCCAAGGUCUUCCAAAACUUGCACACUGCACCAUGAGAUUAAUUAAUAAGAUUGUUGAUCUAAUUUAACCAUGCAUGCUUCCAGACAAAUAUAUACAUAUAUAUUUAUUAUCUUGAGGGACAUGUAGUAGCUACGAUGACUAUUCCGCCACAUUAUAUCAUUAUAUGGCCACAUGCAUGAUCAGAACAAAAAAUUGUCAGGCAUGGUA